GGCCGGGACGGUGAUCUGGAUCGGAAUCCUGGUUUACACGGAUCCUGCUGGUCUCCGCACCUACCUCACGUCACAGGUCACCGAACAGAGUCCGCUGGGUGAAGCAGUUCUGCCCCCGAUGCCUGUUCCUGGAGGGGUCCUGCCUGCCGGGGACCCCAAGAUUGAUCUCUCGGUCUUCCCGUCGGACUCGAUACAGCUGUCGGAAAACCAGACGCAGCAGCGUGAGCAGAAGGCGGGGCUGGAGUCCCUGAGCAGGCUGGAGACAAACCAGGGACCCGAGGGCAAAGGGAAUGGACAGCCGGAGCUUGGAGCGGAAGCAGAGGUUACCUGGGGAGCAGAGGAUGAGGAGAUCUGGAGGAAGCUUUCCUUCAGACACUGGCCGUCCCUUUUCGGCUACUACAACAUCACUCUGGCUAAAAGAUACAUCAGCAUCCUUCCGGCAAUUCCCGUCACGCUGUACCUGAACCCGCAAGAGGCCUUAGAAGUGCGGCAUCCCCAGGAAGCUAACCGCUACCACCCCUUCUUAUCCUCGAGCAGUGGGAAGCUGGAUGCUAGAGCUCAGCCGGACCGAGCCUCAUCCAAGCUGCAGGGACACCGGGAUGUCACCCUCUACAAGGUGGCCGCUCUGGGUCUGGCUUCGGGCAUUAUCCUGGUCCUCCUGCUCUUCUGCCUCUACAGGGUGUUCUGCCCCAGGAACUACGGGCAGAACGGGCUGGCGCCCAGCCGGAGGAAGAGGGGCGACCUGCCCUGUGACGAUUACGGCUACUCCCCCCCGGAGACUGAGAUCGUCCCCUUGGUUCUCAGGGGUCACCUCAUGGACAUCGAGUGCCUGGCCAGCGACGGGAUGCUGCUCGUCAGCUGCUGCCUGGUGGGCCAGAUCCGGGUGUGGGACGCUCAGACGGGCGACUGCCUCACCGUGAUUCCCAAACCGAGGUACGCCGUGGUGUCGCUCGACCGCGGGCGCGUCCCUCCCUCCACCACAGCCGGCGGGAGCCCUUCCCAAGGGAAUCUGGGGCGGGAGGGCUGA